AUGACAACCCCUGAAGGAGCUGAACUCUGCUACCCUCGACUCCACAACUUGUCCUGCAAGAAGACCGUGCAGCCUCACUCAGAGUCCACGCUCAUUUGCAUUUUACUGUCCUCCAUCUCUGUGCUCACUGUGCUCCUGAACCUGCUGCUCAUCAUCGCCAUCUCCCACUUCAAGAAGCUGCACACUCCCACCAACCUCCUCCUCCUCUCUCUGGCCUUCUCUGAUUUCUUUGUGGGAUUCCUCAUGGCCGUUCCAAUAAUGCUCAUCGAGGGCUGCUGGUACAUCGGUGACAUGAUGUGCGCUGUCUAUUAUAUUUUGGGCUGUAUUACCACUGCAGCUUCGGCAGGAACAGUGGUGCUCAUAUCUAUUGAUCGCUACAUGGCUAUUUGUGAUCCCCUGCAUUAUCCCACCAAAGUCACACAAAGCAGAGCAAACAUGUGUAUUUCAGUUUGUUGGGUGUCUUCUAUGUUAUUUCACUGUAUGGUGCUGAGGGAUAACAUAAAACAACCUGGCAGGUAUAACACUUGCUAUGGAGAGUGUAUCGUUGUUGUGGAUUAUGUUACUGGAAUCGCUGAUAUUUUCUUUUCGUUUGUUUUUCCCGUCACUGUCAUCACAGUUCUGUACAUUCGAGUGUUUGUGGUGGCUGUGUCUCAGGCUCGUGCCAUGAGGUCUCAGGUUACUGCUGUCACACUUCAGGGUUCGGUGAAAGUAACUGUCAACAAAUCUGAGAUGAAAGCAGCCAGGACUCUGGGGGUUGUUGUCAUUGCAUUUCUAAUAUGUCUUCUUCCAUAUUACUGUGUGAUGCUCACCGGUCAAGAUGCCUAUAUUGAUGCUUCAAAAGCUCCCUUCUUGAUAUCUAUUUACUAUUUCAAUUCAUUCCUCAACCCUCUGAUUUAUGCUCUGUUCUACCCCUGGUCCAGAGAAUCUAUUAAACUCAUCGUUACAUGUCAGAUACUGAGGCCUGGCUCCUGUUAUACCAGCUUCACGAGUCACUGA